CCUGAUCGGGGGCGGGGCUAGAGUCCUACAGAGUGUGUCUCUCUAGGACUGUAGGCGGGACGGGCUGCUGCUGAGCCAGUAGUAACGUUAAUGAGUACUACUAGUGAGCAUCUUCGAAACUGUCGAGUCCGCCACUUGAAAAUGCAUAAGAGGAAGAAACGCCCGGGUGGUGCUGAGAAACAGCGAUUAUAAAACGUCUCUGGAGGUGGAGGCUUCUAAAUGUGUGAAGUUGACGGACCUUUUUGGUGCCGGAACCACCAACCCGCCAGCAGCCGCAGGUGUUGCUGCACCGGGAGACGAGGGAGGAGGACCUGAUGGUGAUGAGCGAGUGGAGGCAGACAUGGAUGUGGUUAACAACUCUGUGAAACUUGACAAAGAGGAAGACAAAGCGACACAAGAUGGAGAUCGCACUUCUCUGCCUGAUGCUCGGUUUUCCAGUCGAAGCCACACUGAGAGUGUUUCCCGACAGAUCUCAGUUCUUUCGGUAUGAGAACAUCACUCUGACAUGUACGGCGCCAGACAACUCCGGCAGCUGGAAAGUGAAAAGAAACACCUCGACUGAAACGUCGGCCGUGUGUAAGUUUGGCUGGGGGAUCCCAGGUGAGUCCUCCUGCAUCAUCGAGAGCGCCUACCCAUCAGACACUGGGCUGUACUGGUGUGAGUCUAAGCAAAGCGGGUCCAGCAACACGGUCAACUUCACAGUGACAGAUGAUGUUUUGAUCCUGGAGAGCCCGUUACUUCCUGUGACGGAGGGCGAUACGGUGACCCUCAGAUGUUUAUACAAGGAGGAAGACCAAGUUGAGAUUACUAAAGGCUUCAGCGCGGCGUUCUACAAGGACGAUGUGUUCAUCGGUACCGAGCCUGCAGGACAGAUGAUCCUCCGGGACGUGUCUCAGUCUAACGAGGGCUUCUACAAGUGUGGAAACUCGACACGCGGAACGUCACUUCAGAGUUUGCUGACAGUCAAAGUCCGUCAGCCUGAGAGCGACUCGACUGCGACUCCUCCUCUCAUGUCUAAACCCAAACUGCUGUGCACCAUCCUGCUCUUCUUCCUCUACACUGGCAUCCUCAUCCUCGCUAUAUACACGUACAGGAAGUGGGCUCAAGUUCAAGCUGAGGCCAAGAGGGGACGCUCCUGACCGUCUGGACUCACAUUAAAGGAACAGGUCACCACAAAUAUCACAGAGACAUUUCUGGACAUUUUAACCCGUGUGAGGACAUGAUGGCUGGAUUUCCUUUUUAUGGGUGAACUUUUCCCUUUAAACAACCUUUUUAAAUGCUGACCAAUAUAACUGUGAACAAGUAAAUAUAUCUUUUUUACCUAUUUAUCCUGUUUAUUAAAUGUAUGUCUAUCAUUUCUUAUGUGUAAUGCUGACAUGAAACUGAUGUGUUUUAUGUGAUAUUUAGUUUCUCUGCACUCAAGCAUUCUGAGAAAAUAUAUAAAUUUGACCUUCUG